UGAGGUAGGAAGGGAGGUCCGCUCGGCCGGGCGCGCCGCCCCAGUGCUCUGUGGGAUACUGGAAGUCUCGAGCGUCUCCUCCCGGUUCCCAGCCCUCCUCUGGCCCGCACUCAUAGAAACAGUCACACACCCCCUGCCUUCCCUCUCUUCCCUCUCCGCCUCCCCCUUCCCUCCCCCUCGCGAUAAGAAGACCCGGCGGCAGGAGAGGGGAUGAAGAUGGCGGACGCGAAGCAGAAGCGGAACGAGCAGCUGAAGCGCUGGAUCGGCUCCGAGACGGACCUCGAGCCUCCCGUGGUGAAGCGCCAGAAGACCAAGGUGAAGUUCGACGAUGGCGCCGUCUUCCUGGCUGCUUGCUCCAGCGGCGACACGGACGAGGUCCUCAAGCUGCUGCACCGCGGCGCCGACAUCAAUUACGCCAAUGUGGACGGACUCACUGCCCUGCACCAGGCUUGCAUUGAUGACAAUGUUGAUAUGGUGAAGUUUCUGGUUGAAAAUGGAGCAAAUAUUAAUCAACCUGAUAAUGAAGGCUGGAUACCACUACAUGCAGCUGCUUCUUGUGGAUAUCUUGAUAUUGCAGAAUUUUUGAUUGGUCAGGGAGCACAUGUAGGAGCUGUCAACAGUGAAGGAGAUACACCAUUAGAUAUUGCUGAGGAGGAGGCAAUGGAAGAGCUACUUCAAAAUGAAGUUAAUCGGCAAGGGGUUGAUAUAGAAGCAGCACGAAAGGAAGAAGAACGGAUAAUGCUUAGAGAUGCAAGACAAUGGCUAAAUAGUGGUCAAAUAAAUGAUGUCCGGCAUGCAAAAUCUGGAGGCACAGCACUUCACGUUGCAGCUGCAAAAGGCUAUACAGAAGUUUUAAAGCUUCUAAUACAGGCAGGCUAUGAUGUUAAUAUUAAAGAUUAUGAUGGCUGGACACCUCUUCAUGCUGCUGCUCACUGGGGUAAAGAAGAAGCAUGUCGAAUUUUAGUGGACAAUCUGUGUGAUAUGGAGAUGGUCAACAAAGUGGGCCAGACAGCAUUUGAUGUAGCAGAUGAAGAUAUUUUAGGAUAUUUGGAAGAGUUGCAAAAGAAACAAAAUCUGCUCCAUAGUGAAAAACGGGAGAAGAAAUCUCCAUUAAUUGAAUCAACAGCCAAUAUGGACAAUAAUCAGUCACAGAAGACCUUUAAAAACAAAGAGACAUUGAUUAUUGAGCCAGAGAAAAAUGCAUCCCGUAUUGAAUCUUUGGAACAAGAAAAAGUUGAUGAUGAAGAAGAAGGAAAGAAAGAUGAGUCUAGCUGCUCUAGUGAAGAAGAUGAGGAAGACGACUCAGAAUCAGAAGCUGAAACAGAUAAGACAAAACCUAUGGCUUCUGUAACUAAUGCCAAUACAUCUAGUACACAAGCAGCUCCUGUAGCUGUUACAACACCUGUGUCAUCUGGUCAGGCCACACCUACGUCACCUAUUAAAAAGUUUCCAACCUCAGCCACAAAGAUUUCUCCCAAAGAAGAAGAGAGAAAAGACGAGUCUCCUGCAUCUUGGAGGUUAGGACUUAGAAAGACUGGCAGUUAUGGCGCACUUGCAGAGAUCACAGCAUCUAAAGAGGCUCAGAAAGAAAAAGACACUGCAGGUGUUAUACGUUCAGCUUCGAGCCCCAGACUCUCCUCCUCUUUGGAUAAUAAAGAAAAGGAGAAAGAUAGUAAAGGAACUAGACUUGCAUAUGUUGCACCUACAAUACCAAGACGACUAGCCAGUACAUCUGACAUUGAAGAGAAAGAAAACAGAGACUCUUCAAGUUUACGAACGAGUAGCUCCUAUACAAGAAGAAAAUGGGAAGAUGAUCUCAAAAAGAAUAGCUCAGUUAAUGAAGGAUCAGCUUACCAUAAAAGUUGCUCCUUUGGUAGAAGACAAGAUGAUUUGAUUAGUUCUAGUGUUCCAAGCACCACAUCAACACCAACAGUUACCUCUGCAGCUGGGCUUCAGAAAAGCCUGCUUUCCAGCACAAGCACUACUACAAAGAUUACAACGGGUUCUUCCUCAACAGGCACACAAAGCAGUACCUCAAAUCGUUUGUGGGCUGAGGAUAGUACUGAAAAAGAAAAGGACAGUGUUCCUACGGCAGUGACCAUCCCUGUUGCUCCAACUGUUGUAAAUGCUGCAGCCUCAACCACAACCCUGACUACAACUACUGCUGGCACUGUCUCCUCCACAUCAGAGGUCAGGGAGAGACGCAGAUCAUACCUCACUCCUGUUAGAGAUGAAGAGUCUGAAUCCCAAAGAAAAGCAAGAUCUAGACAAGCAAGACAGUCUAGAAGAUCAACACAGGGAGUAACACUGACUGAUCUUCAGGAAGCUGAAAAAACAAUAGGAAGAAGUCGUUCUACCCGAACCAGAGAACAAGAAAAUGAAGAAAAAGAAAAAGAAGAAAAAGAAAAACAGGAUAAAGAGAAGCAAGAAGAAAAGAAGGAGUCAGAAACAUCUAGAGAAGAUGAAUAUAAACAAAAAUACUCCAGAACAUACGAUGAGACUUACCAGCGUUACAGACCAGUAUCCACUUCAAGUUCUACCACCCCAUCCUCUUCACUUUCUACCAUGAGCAGUUCACUCUAUGCUUCAAGUCAGCUAAACAGGCCAAAUAGUCUUGUAGGUAUAACUUCCGCUUACUCCAGAGGAUUAACAAAAGAAAAUGAAAGAGAGGGAGAAAAGAGAGAAGAGGAAAAAGAAGGAGAAGAUAAAUCACAACCUAAAUCAAUCCGAGAACGACGACGACCAAGAGAGAAAAGGAGAUCUACGGGAGUUUCAUUUUGGACACAAGAUAGUGAUGAAAAUGAACAAGAGCAACAAUCAGAUACAGAAGAAGGAUCCAACAAGAAAGAAACUCAGACGGAUUCCAUUUCUAGAUAUGAAACCAGUUCCACAUCAGCUAGUGAUCGGUAUGAUUCCUUAUUGGGUCGCUCUGGAUCAUACAGUUACUUAGAAGAAAGAAAACCUUAUAGUAGCAGGCUAGAAAAGGACGACUCAACUGACUUUAAAAAGCUUUAUGAACAAAUUCUAGCUGAAAAUGAAAAGCUGAAAGCACAGCUACAUGAUACAAAUAUGGAACUGACAGAUCUUAAAUUACAAUUGGAAAAGGCCACCCAGAGGCAAGAAAGGUUUGCUGAUCGGUCACUAUUGGAAAUGGAAAAAAGGGAACGAAGAGCUCUAGAAAGAAGAAUAUCUGAAAUGGAAGAAGAGCUCAAAAUGUUACCAGACCUAAAAGCAGACAACCAGAGGCUAAAGGAUGAAAAUGGGGCCUUGAUCAGAGUAAUAAGCAAACUUUCCAAAUAA